AUGUAUUUUGAGAUAAGCACCUCUCCGGAGCAAAGUAUUGUAGAUUAUUAUCUCUCUCUCUCUCUCUCUCUCUCGUUCGGUUGUUCUUCCUAUCUAUCUCAUUCAGUCCAUAUCUAUCUAUCUAUCUAUGUUCAUAUCUAUCUGUCUGUUCAUAUCUAUCGCAUUCAGCCCAUCCCUCUCUUGCUAUCUCUCUCUCUCCCAUAUCUAUCUAUCUAUCUAUCUAUCUAUCUAUCUAUCUAUCUAUCUAUCUAUCUCAGUCAGUUCAUAUCUAUCUCAUUCAGCCCAUCUCUCUCUCUCUGUCUCUCUCUUUCUGUCUGUCUGUCUGUCUCUCUCUCUCUCUCUAUAUAUAUAUAUAUAUAUGUUUGUUCAUUAUCUAUCUCAUGGAAGUUGUGGAGAGCCAUAAUCGCCAACCUCCUGAAGGAAAACGGCGCAUCGUAUUACGAAGGUCUCUCUCAUUCAGCCCAUAUCUAUCUAUCUAUCUAUCUAUCUAUCUAUCUAUCUAUCUAUCUACGAGAUUCCGUUAAUAUCUAUCUAUCUAUCUAUCUAUCUAUCUAUCUAUCUAUCUAUCUAUCUAUCUUCUUUCGUGGCUUAACUGACACUUGUUUUGUUUUCGUUUUUUUUUUCACCGUUAUCUUUUCGUUUUUUCUUCAUGCAAUUACCCUAACAACUCGGGUUUAUUGA